GGAUCCUCCUUCGGAGCCCCAGUUGAACAUAGGGGUAACUGUGGCCUCGCAGUCCUAUCCCGCGAUGGUCAUGCGCGCAGCUUUUGUACUGUCGUACUGGUUUCUUCUGAGGGUGCCAUCCGAGUUGCUGACAUGCCGGAAAGAGCAGCUCUCAUUGGACGCCAAUAA